AUGUUUCGAGUCGCGAUUAGGUAAUUCUUGCCCAUUUUUCGUCAGACUUGUUCGUUGUUCUCUUGGGUCAGCAUUUUUCUAAAAAAAAUGAUGACAAUUCGCUAAUACUGCCUGCGUUUCUCUCGUGAUUAUUGAGAUUCAUUAGUUUUGCCGUUCUGUGAUUUUUUUUUCUUCAUCAAAAGUUGCUUAUAUUCAGGGCCAUGUCAUCUUCGGUGAAAGAAUUUGACUACCUCGUUAUUGGUGGUGGCUCAGGCGGCAUCGCCUCGGCGCGUAGGGCACGUGAAUUCAACGUUUCCGUUGGUUUAGUCGAAUCUGGACGACUCGGCGGAACUUGUGUGCGUAAUUUUCAACCCCAAUCCGCCAAAAAAGUGUCUUUUUUAGGUGAAUGUGGGGUGCGUACCUAAGAAAGUAAUGUACAACUGCUCCUUGCAUGCUGAGUUCAUCCGAGACCACGCCGACUACGGCUUUGACGUCACUCUCAACAAAUUCGACUGGAAGUAAAGAAACAUUUUCAAAUUUUAUAGACGAAAUGUAACUGUUUAAGAGUAAUCAAGAAGUCGAGGGACGAGUACAUAAAGCGUCUUAAUGGGCUUUACGAGAGCGGCCUCAGCGGUGUAAGUAUUCUUCGUAAUUGACGGGGAGAACUUUUUAUCAGAUUUUUUUUUCAAUAUGUUUUUAGAACUUCUCGUUACAUAGAAUUUAAUUUUUUUUUUUCUAGUCAAAGGUGGAGUUGAUCAGAGGGAAGGCGGCCUUCGAUGAGGAAGGCAACGUCGUUGUCGACGGCCAGAAGUAUCGCGGAAAGAAAACACUCAUUGCUGUUGGAGGUCGUACAGCUGCUUAAUUUCUAAAAAAAAAAGACGGGUUUUCAGGGUAUCCGACAAUUCCCGACAUCCCUGGAGCCGAACAUGGAAUCGACAGCGACGGCUUCUUUGAACUGGAAGAUCUCCCAUCGUUAGUUCCUGAUCAGCAAGUUUUUCUGAAUUAUCUUUUUCAGGAAGACCGUCGUAGUUGGUGCGGGUUACAUUGCCGUCGAACUUGCGGGAAUGUUGGCCAACCUCGGAUCCGACACUCAUUUGGUCAUCCGAUACGAUAAAGUUGUUGAGAGUCCAGAAAGUAGAAUUAUUCUCUGUUUGAGGUCCUGAGGAACUUUGAGAAAAUGCUCAGCGACGAACUUACCGCGGCUAUCGAGGAGGAGUCCAACCCGCUCACUUUGCAUAAAAGAACUUUGGUAUCGCAUAAGAGAGUUUUAAAAUCUAGCUGCUUUCCGAAAUAGGUUACCAGCGUGGAAAAACACGAGAAUGGCUUGUUGACGGUGACGACUAACACGGGCGUCAUCGAGAACGUCAAGACUCUGAUUUGGGCCAUCGGUCGCACUCCUCACACCAAAAGCCUCAACUUGGACAAGGUUCGGCUCGGAUUCCUUACUCAGAGAGUUUACAAUUUGAUGAAAAUAAGAUUUUUCUAAAGUUUUUUAUUUUCAUAGUUCAUCAGGAUUCAGGGUAAAUACGGGAAUAUUGAUUCAACUUUCGAGAAAAGAUAAUUAUGGACAAUUGUUAGCGACUCCAUUUAAAGCAAUUUUUUUUUGUGUUCACUGAAGACUGUCUUCAGGUUGGCGUGAAGACAACCGAUUCUGGCUACAUUGUAGUCGACGAGUACCAGAACACUAGCAACCCCGACAUUUUGAGCGUUGGAGAUGAUACUGGAAAGUUCGAGCUCACUCCAGGUUAGUUCAUUAGUAAGUAGUAUUCUGAUCCGAUCGGGUCAAGAUGUAUAUUAUUAUCUUCGGACCUUGAAAAAUGAAACUUUUUUUUUUUUGAUUUUUUGAACAAUAAUUUUUGAAUUAAAUGUUUUUUUUUUGUUAAAGUUGCAAUCGCCGCUGGAAGACGCCUUUCGCAUAGGCUAUUCAACGGCGAAACUGAAAAUCGACUAAAGUACGAGAAUAUCGCGACGGUUGUGUUCAGUCAUCCUCUCCUUGGGACGGUCGGCCUCACUGAAGGUUUUCCAGAUUUAGCUGGUGUCUUUUUCAAUGGAAAAUGUUGAAGAAGAAGCCGUGAAGAGAUACGGAAAAGAUGAAGUGACGCUUUACAAGUCGCGCUUCAACCCAAUGUAUUACGCCGUCACCAAGCACAAGGAAAAGCAGGCGAUGAAAAUUGUUUGCGUAGGAAAGGAAGAACGGGUUUGUUUUGACCUGUCAUUCAAAAAUAAUCCAUACUCCGUUUGGUAGAGGAUCUUUCAUUGAGUAAUUUUCCAAAUGUGCUCUGCGCCGAGCCUACGCUAGAUAUCAAGUUUCAAAGUUCUCCGUGGCUUUGUAAAUACUCUCUUAAAAGAUUGUGAAAAACCAAGAGCCUUUUUAAAAGUUAGCAGGAAUUUAUUUCAACAGGUGUAAGGCAUUCUCCGCUUUUCAAGGGAAUCUACAAUAAUCCAUACUCAUUCAACAUGUCAGAUAUGUCAUCAGUCCAGUUACAUCUUCAAAAUAUCAUUAUCAGAAAGAGAAAAGAUUCAAAGUUAGAAAAUUUAAUAGAAGUUUUAUUACUCUUUAAACAGCUCUGAGAAAACACGCAAGCGAAAAACAAGAAAAAAUUAACAAAAAGUAAAAUCUGGAGGUGGUUGGCGUGCACAUCUUCGGCUUCGCUGCUGACGAGAUGCUGCAAGGCUUCGCCGUCGCCGUCCAGAUGGGCGCGACAAAGGCUCAAUUCGACGCCACCGUCGCCAUCCAUCCGACGUCCGCCGAAGAACUCGUGACGAUGCGUGGCGGCGUCAAGCCAGAAUAG